AUGCUGGUGCCGGCCGAUAUGCUGGCCGCCCAGUCGAAGAUGCUCUAUCAAAUCAACAAAUACUACGGGGAGCGCGUGCAAACCCGGAUGGCGACCAUCGCCAAGACCAUACGCGAAGUGUGCAAAGUGGUGCAGGAGGUCCUGAAGGAGGUCGAGGUGCAAGAGCCGCGCUUCAUCUCAUCGCUCACCGAAUGCAACGGGAAGUACGAAGGGCUGGACGUGAUAUCGCCGGUGGAGUUCGAAGUGGUGUUGUAUUUGAACCAAAUGGGUGUAUUUAACUUCGUCGACGACGGCACGUUGCCGGGAUGCGCUGUGUUGAAAUUAAGCGACGGCAGGAAGCGAUCGAUGUCUCUAUGGGUCGAAUUCAUAACAGCUUCGGGUUACCUAUCGGCGAGGAAAAUCCGUUCGAGAUUUCAGACGCUAGUGGCUCAAGCGUGCGAUAAGUGUUCGUAUAGGGAUAGUGUCAAAUUGAUCGCGGACACGUCGGAAGUUAAGUUGAGGAUACGCGAAAGGUACAUUGUUCAGAUAACGCCGGCAUUUAAAUGCGGCGGGGUGUGGCCCAGAUCGGCGUCGCACUGGCCCUCGCCUCACAUCCCUUGGCCUCAUCCUAAUCUCGUGGCCGAAGUCAAAACCGAAGGAUUCGAUCUCCUGAGCAAAGAGAGCAUCGCCGCACAGGGCAAGCAAACCGCCAUGGAGGGAGACGCGUGGGUCUUGUCGUUUUUGGAAGCUGAAAAUCGAUUGCUGCACGGCGGCUGCAGAAGGAGAUGCCUCAGUAUAUUGAAAACCCUUAGGGAUAGACAUUUAGAUCUGCCCGGUAAUCCGGUAACUAGUUAUCACUUGAAAACGUUGCUUUUGUACGAAUGCGAGAAGCAUCCGCGAGAAACCGAAUGGGACGAAUCUUGUAUAGCGGAUAGAAUAAACGGUAUAUUUUUACAGUUGAUUUCUUGCUUGCAGUGCAAGAGAUGCCCGCAUUAUUUUUUGCCAAAUCUGGAUUUGUUCAAAGGUAAAUCGCCCGGUGCUUUGGAAAAUGCUUCUAAACAGGUGGCACCCGCAGAAAAAUUAGGCUCUAGUAGCCGACAAACCGCUAGCAUGCUCGUGCCGCCCGAUAUGCUGGCCGCCCAGUCCAAAAUGGUCUACCAGCUCAACAAAUACUACACGGAAAAGGUGCAAUCGAGGAAGCUGCAAACGUCGAAGACCAUACAAGAGGUGUGCCGAGUGGUGCAGGACGUUCUGAAAGAGGUCGAAGUGCAGGAACCGAGAUUCAUAUCGUCGUUGACCGAUUACAACGGUAAAUUCGACGGUUUGGAAGUGAUAUCUCCGGUGGAGUUCGAAGUGGUGCUGUAUUUGAACCAAAUGGGCGUGCUGAAUUUCGUUGAUGAUGGCACGUUACCGGGAUGCGCCGUACUGAAGCUCAGCGACGGCAGGAAGAGGUCAAUGUCCUUAUGGGUAGAAUUCAUAACCGCUUCUGGAUAUCUAUCGGCCAGGAAGAUGAGAUCGAGAUUCCAGACAUUAGUAGCGCAAGCUUGUGAUAAGUGCUCCUACAGAGACAGUGUUAAAAUGAUAGCCGAUACCACCGAAGUGAAGUUGAGGAUACGCGAAAGAUACAUAGUACAAAUAACGCCGGCGUUCAAGUGCGCCGGUUUGUGGCCGAGAAGCGCGGCCCAUUGGCCUCUGCCGCAGAUCCCCUGGCCGCAUCCGAACAUCGUCGUCGAAGUGAAAACCGAAGGCUUCGAUUUGCUGUCGAAGGAAUGCAUCGCGCUGCAAGGGAAACAGUCGGCGAUGGAAGGCGACGCUUGGGUGCUGUCGUUCUUCGAGGCGGAAAAUCGCCUUCUGCAAGGCGGAUGUCGCCGCCGGUGUCUCAGUAUCCUCAAAACGCUCAGGGACCGGCACUUAGAUCUGCCCGGCAAUCCGGUGACGGGCUAUCACAUGAAAACGUUGCUGUUAUACGAAUGCGAGAAACACCCGCGCGAAUCAGAAUGGGACGAGUCCUGCAUAGCCGAUAGAAUAAACGGUAUUUUCCUGCAACUCAUCUCGUGCUUGCAGUGCAAACGGUGCCCCCAUUACUUUCUACCUAAUUUAGAUCUGUUCAAAGGGAAAUCGCCCAGUGCGUUGGAGAACGCUUCGAAGCAAGUAUGGCGAUUGACCAGGGAAAUGUUGACCAAUUCUAGGUGUUUCGAAAAAUUGUAA